AUGUAAAAAUAAAUAAAGGUGUCAUAAGAAGACUUUAAGACUUAUUUAAAAGGUAUUGGACUUCCAACUGAUAUAAAAUUAUCAGUUUCAGUUGAAACCUUAUAUCUCUUAGCUAAUAAACAACUAAUAUAUACAUUCUAUUAAAAUACUGUUUUGCAUUUGAAAGAUUCAAAACCUAUUUCCCUUGAAUUUUCUGAUAUAUUGCAAAGAUUAUGUGUGUAAAAAAUAGGUGGACUUUGUUAUGAACAUGAACUAUUAUUUUAUUAUAUUCUUAAACAUAUCGGAUUCAAUGUGGAAUUAAUUUAAUGUUUUGUUUAAGAAGCUGGAUGCCCUUAUGAUCCUGAAUUUCCAACAACUCAUGCUUUUUUAUAUGUUACCAUAGGAGAUGAUGAAACAUACUUGAUAGAUCCUGGAUUUGGAACAAGAUCUCUAAGAUUUCCAAUGAAAGUGAAUUUCAAAGACUUGGAUGCAACUUAUAAUUUAUUUCCAUUAGAACACUAUAGAUUUACAGAAAAUGAAAGUCAUUAUUAAUUUUAGCAUUUAAUUGAUGAUAAAUGGGUUACAUAUUAUCAUUUUUUCAAACCACUUAGAUUUGCAACCAUUGAGGAAAUUCAUAAUGAUUAUCAUUAUUUAUUUACAUAUGAAAAAUUUUCAGGUGUCAGAGAUAAUAGAUUCUAACUUUGUAAAUAUACAGAAUAAGGAAAAAUUUAAUUUUUUUGGUUUAGAAUGGAAAAAAAAUUUACCUCAUUCAAGAAAAUCUUUAAAUUUGAUGAAGUUAAAAAAAUAGAAUAUAAAUCUUAUGAAGAAUUAAAAGAUGAUAUAAAAACGGAAUUAGGAUUUGAUUUACCAGAAUUUCAUUUAGUAAAAUCAAAUGAAAACUGA